AAGUGAAAUUAAGUGUUUAAAUAUAAAAAAAACAAAAACAAAUCGUAAAAAACAUGAACAUGACAUGGCCGCGUCUCGUUUACACAAUAACUCAAAAUUAAUUUAAUAUGCUGGCAAAUGAGCAAAGCGAAAAGCACGCUAAAAGCUCCUGAAUUGCGGAGGAGCUUGUAAACGGCUGCUUAUAUCGCCAUGGCCGCCGCCUCGGCUGGCCAGCAGCAGCAACAGCAUCAGCACAAGCUGAAUAUUGCUGGGAGUGCUGAGACUGUUGCCAGCAGCGAGAUGCAUCACCAGCAGCAGCAGCAUCAGCAACAACAGAUUAACAUGUUCAAGCAACAACAGCAAAUGUUGCCAUUGCAUCAACAGCAGCAGCAGCAGCAACAGCAACAACAUCAACAUCAUCAGUUUUUCCAGCAGCAACAGACGAAAUUUGUAUCGCGGGUCGUUACAAGUGCAUCUAUACAACAACAUCAGCAGCAUACGCAGCAGAUAAUGCCAGUUGGAUUGGUGAAUGGCAAUGGCAGCAACAUGCUGCAUCUGCAGCAGCAACAACCGCAGCAGCAGCAUCAACAGCAGCGCAACAAUCAGCAGCAGCAUAUUUUUGUGUGCCCCACCAGUAACCAGCAACUCCUCCUGCAACAUCAACAACAGCAGCAAACCAAACAGCGCCAGGCGCAGAUAAAAUUGCCAAUGAAGUCGACGGCAGCAGCAGCAGCAGCACCAGCAGCACCAGCACCAGUAGUAACGGCAGCAACUGUUGCUGCUGCUGCUGCAACGCAUUGCAUGCCGACAACAAUUGCAUCGGCAUCGCGUCAAAUGAGUCAGAACAAUCAGCUCUAUGCCAAGAAUGUUGCCAAAGUCAACAAUGCCAGUGGCAAUAGCAACAGCAACAGCCACAACAACAGCAACAGCAAUGGCAGCAACAGGAAGACCAAUAGUUACAAUGGAAAUUUGGCCCCUGGCUGGCGUCGCUUAACCAACAACAACGAAGUGGCCUACAUCAGUCCCUCGGGGAAAACGAUGCGCACGCAGUUCCAGAUCAAGGACUAUCUGCUCUCACAGGGUACCUGCAAGUGCGGACUGCCGUGUCCGUUGCGCCCGGAAUACCUAUUUGACUUUAAUGCCCAGGUGCCCAAUAUGCCGCUCAAGUUGCCGACGGAGGCGUCAAUGCCAACACCUUGCCUGCACCAGCGGCGAUUUCUUGAAUCUCAGCAGCUGCAACCGCAGCAUCAGCAGCAGCAGCAAUCCCAAAAUCUAAAGCAGCAUCAGCAGCCACAACAACAGCAGGCUGUCAAAGAUGUGUCCGUAUCGGUAUCCGUAGCCACAUCUGGACCAGCAGCAACUGUCAGCGGUUUCUCCACACUGAUGACAUCGACAGCGAGAACGACGACGACAACAGCCUCCUCCUCAGCAUCCCCCGCAGCAGCAACAGCAGCAGCAGCAACACAUGAAUUGGCCAACAAAGACGCUGAUUGCCACAAAUAUGGCAAUAACAAAUUACCUGCCUCGGUCCGGAUCUCGACCACGCCCACGCCCACAUCCACAGCGACGUCCUCGCUUCCGCUUCCGCUGUCGAGUGCGGUGCCAACUAGUCAAUCAUUAGCAUUGGGCGGAGGAGCUUCAGCUGGCGGAGCUGUACUCCAGCGUUCGGCGGCGGGACAUGUGAUAAAGCCGCCUCCAGCAACUCCUGUCCACAGCAACACCCUUACGCAGCAGCAGCAGCCAAACUUUAAGGACGAUCCCGCUGGCUAUCUGCAGCAGCAAACAGCACUGUUGCACAAUUCCCUGGGAGGAGUGGGUUUGGAUAUUACCAAGACGUGCGGCAACAUCUCUGCUCGAGCCCUGCCCCAGGAACCCAUCGUGCACAUCCAGCAGCAGCAGCAGCUGCAGCUGCAGCAACAGCAGCAACUCCAGCAACUGCAGCGCCAGAGGAUGCGACGGCUAUCGCUCUUUGGCAAAUGGGAAGCAGAACCAGUGCCCGUGAGCAGUCCACAAAGUGCUCAUGCCGGAGCCCGAUCCCUGCAGGUGGACACAGCAUUUGCGCGUCCUCAGAAACCGCAGAUAACCAGCGUAACUGUGGUGCCGGCUCCCCAGGAGUCGCCCGUUUCCAGCAGUGCGGCAGAGACGCCGCCGCUUGAGAAGCGACCCGAGCAGGUGGGUGCCAUCUCCACGAGCCACGAGAGCCCGCGGCAAAGCCUCUCCUCUCCCACGGAUUCACUGGAUUCGGCCAAGAGCACGCCCUCCGCCUCGCAACCCCAGAUGCAGGUCCAGAUCCAGCCGCAGGUGCUGCAGAUGCGCACACAGGCCCAGGGCAAUCUUCCGACUCCAGCGCCCAUCACUGUUCCCGCCCACCUCCGCGUGAUGCGCCAGCAACAACAGCAGCAUCAGCAGGCUCAUAUUAUUUCUGGCCAGCGGCUGCCAGUGGCCAGCAGCAGCGCCAUGGCCACGCUGACCAGGAGCAUUGUGACCUCCACGGCAGGCACGGGCACGUUGACCGCACGCCCGGUGACCACCACCUUGAGCAGUUCGAAUUCUGCAGUGGCACAGCUGCAGUCAAUGGCCGGGGCCAUGGGUGCCUCUGGUGGCGGUGGCCAACUGAUUAUGACUUCUUCGGGCCAGCUUCUGGUCAUUCCCACUAACAAGGCACAGCCGCAGCAGCACCAUCGCCCGGGUCAGCCGGGACAAGGUGGUGUCAUCAUUCAGCAGCAGCAGCAGCAGCAGACAGCGGAGCUGCAUCCACAGCCUGGCGGUGGCUACAUCGUUAGCCAGCCGUCUCCAGUGGCUGCGGCCAGUUCCAGCAGCAGUAGCAGCAGCAGCAGCACAGUCAUCCUUAACUCUGGUGGGGCCAAGCUGCUCCACCAUCAGAUCAUUACCUCGCAGGCGGGACAAAUCAACCAAGCGGCCGGAGGAGCUUCGAACCAGCAGCAGACCGCAGUCCUGCUGAACACACUGCCCAACGGCGGCUACAUCGUCCAGCAACAGCAGCAGCAGCAUCAGACACAGACCCAACAGCAGGCGGAGCAACUCCUGGCCAUGCCGCAGCCGCCUCCAGCGCAAACCCUGAUCAUCAGUUCGCCGGACAACAAGCGAAGGGCGCGGAAGCGCAAGAGCUCCAUCUGUAGCACACCGCCGCCGAGUUCACCCGCCAAGACACUAUCGCCACAGAUCUCGCCCAGCAUCCCCAGCCAGGCACCCGCCCUGCUCCACCAGCAGGCGGCGGCAGCAGCAGCAGCAGCAGCGGCGGCUGCAGCUACUCCUCAAUCCCAGCAGUUCCAACUUAGCCCCGGCAUUCAGGGCAUCGUGGUGAAUAAGCCGAAUCCAACAGCAGCUCCGCAGACCCAGCAGCUGCUCCUCCAGAACGGUCAGAUCCUGCAGCAGGUGAACCUUAUUGGACAGCAGCUGCUGAUGCCUGCUGGCUUGGUGAUGGCACCCGAUGCCACACUACUGCAGAUCCAGAAUAUGCCCACGACUAGUUUACUCACACCACAAGGGCCAGUAAUGCUGCGUACACCAUCGCCGCAGAGUAAGCCAUCCUUCAUCUCGCCCAGCGCUGGGGGUCAGCAGUACUUAGUGGGUGCUAAUGGCCAGUUGAGCCCCAUUGGUCAGAUCUACUCCACGCCCAUGGGUCUGGUGAUGCCGACAGGUCAGCAGAGCGGUGCUUCCUUCGUGCAGGCUAGUCCCACGACCACCACCAUCCAGAUCCAGCACCAGCAACCAACUCCACAGCCGCACACGCAGAUCAGCCUGCAGCCUGCACCUGCACAGACCACCACAUAUGUGACCGAGUCGGCGAUGAUGAGUCGCCAGGGAACAGCAGCAGCCAGUCCACCGGAUACCACCACCUGUAGUCCGCGGAGUCCUGAACGACCGCCCAGCCAUCGAAGCAGCGGCAGCGAUAUGGUGCAAUGCGUGUCCAGUUCGGAGCCGGAUGCGGCUGUGUCGCCGCAAAGUGCCGAGAGCCGGCAGUCGCCCUCGUCCACGGAUUGUGAGAGGAGCAUCUGCAACAACAAUCUAUUCACCCAGCCCAGCGGGAUAUACAAGCACUCGGAGCCCAAGAUCCGGCGGAUUCACAUCACUUCACAGGGAGCCACGGAGAACGGCAUUAGUCUGAUGCAGGGACAAGAGUCGCCCACAACAACAGCAACUGCAGCCACUCCAAUACCAGAUGCAGUGCCAGCCGUCGUCGAGACGGUCAGGACACCGACCAAGCGCUCGCGUCGACCACAGCGAGGAGCAGCUCGUGCCAUGCCCACACCCGGGUCAACUGGUAACUCCCUAAUGCCGCCCCGCUCCUUUGCCAUUGGAGAACUGAUCUGGGGUCCAGCUCGUGGCCAUCCCGCUUGGCCCGGAAAGAUCGUCAAGAUGCCGGAUGGAGUCUGCACGCCGUCGCAGCAGUUUGAUCAUGUGUGGGUCCAAUGGUUCGGCGGCGGCGGUCGCUCCACCUCCGAACUCAUACCGGUCAACUCGUUGCAAAGUCUCUCCGAGGGUCUCGAGGCGCACCACAAAGCCCAAAAGGAUACGAGAAAGAGCCGCAAACUGAACUCGCAACUCGAGCGGGCCAUACAAGAAGCAAUGACUGAGUUGGAUAACAUUUCAGCCUCCUCGACACCCGCUGCAGCCGCAGCCACAGCCACAUCCUCAUCCUCAUCCUCAUCAGCAGCGGCUGCUGGUGCCGCUGCUUCAGCCAUAAUUGGCGGCCAACAACAAUAUCAUCUUCAGCAGCAGCAGCAGCAGCAGUCGCCCUCUUCAACGAACAACAAAAUAAAUGGACUGGCGCGGAGCAAGCGCCAGGCCAGCAACACAAGUGGUGGCUCCAGCAUGAUGCUGACCGCCAGCACAGCCGCCACACUGAGUGGCCUCUUCACUCAGCAGCAACAGCGAGCCAAGCCCAUACGCAUUGCACCGGCUCCACCUGCAACGGGAUCGGGAGUUGGACCGAUAACUGGAGCGGCAGUGGGAGUGGGAGUGGGAGCAACUGCGACGGCCACUGCGACUGGCCGAACUGAGAUCCUCAAGCUGGCCAAAUGACCAGCACUGUCGGCGUUGUCGUCGACAGUCAGCACAGCCAACUACACGCUCGUCAUCGGGCACAAGUAGUCGAGUAGGGCUUAUCCCAAAAGCUAUCCAUACAUACGAUACCAGAGUAUAGUGUUUAGUGUUAUACGUAUAGAUGUCAUCCUCAGCCGCCGGAGUUUGUUUCGUAUGUAUUCUUUACCAGAUUCACAGCCAGACUCCCCCGCUUAGUUGCGUCGCGCCGGGCGGCGCUUUGAAAUAGACAAUAAAACAGCAAGAGAUGUUAAUGGAAAUCGAGUUACAAAAAAGAUGAGAGGAGGGUUCUAAACAUAAUAAGCAAAUCGGUUUUUGGCUUCUUAGACAACUGGACAUUGUUUUGUACAUAGUGAACACCACAAAGCUACUGAUGUUAGUACUUAAGUAUUUAUUUAUUGCAUAUAGAUCCUCGGUUUCUAUAGGUUUUUUUUUGUUGUUUCGUUGCAAUUUGUAGACUCGACCUUUAUUUUUAUAUAUUUAUAUAUAUAUGUAUUUAGGUAGCAUUAGCUGGUAUUUAUAGCCACUAAGUUGAACACACCGCGUAAUGAUCAAGAAAGCAAAUUAAACAUCAAAUCAAAAGCAAAAAAAUCAGCCAGCACUGAUUUUUCCAUUUAUUGUUUAUGCCCGAAAGUGUUGUUUAGAACUGGAAGCGAUCAAAUUAUUUAUAAACAAGCCGAGCAUGCGAUGUACGGGAAGGAAGGAAGUAAGAGAAAUUAUAUUUAUAAAUUGUUAUUAUUUAUUUAGUUGAAACUAUUGUAAAAUUAUAAUUGUAAAACGGAAAAACAAGAAACGAAAUCACUCUUAGCGGAAAACCACACACAAAACAAAUAAAAAGUAAAAACAAAAG